AUGGGUUCACUCUAUAGCAGCUGUGACUCUCCACCUAACCUGAUCACCCUAUACAAACACAAGGAGCACGACCAAGUUCCGUUGAACAACUACUUUGAAGGCCUAGUACACCCGACUUACGAGAACACUCAGAGAGACUACAUUCCUUCCCUCGUGAAACUCUAUCGUAUUUGCCCUCUCACAUUUCCUGAUCUACCUACUUGUCUUCUCCCCUUCGACUUUGAACAUACAUUACCUUGUGGUAUCAUCCUAAGGAAGAAACCCUACGGAGAACCUACCUACAACAUCCCCUCCUCGUUUUUUACCAACAACUAUUAUGACAUCUACUCCGCGUCCCCAGUCCACUAUCAACCUAUCGAGUACUUUUGCAUUGGCAACAACCUUAAUAACCUCUCCAUCAUCAACUACCUGACACGACUUUGCCGCACCCUCUAUCUCCCCCAGAUCAAAGAUCUUGAGGCAUUCGGACCGCGUUUUGGUCUUCAACACAGCACCGCUGUAGUCAUCGUCACUCCCACUACCAAAGAUCAGAUCCAAAGAGUUGUCGCUGGAUUAGCUCGAUUUGAUCAGCUUAUCACGAUAGCACAAAGGAAAGCUCGUGACAGGGAAGACUACAUUGCAGAAAUAGACCACAUUCAAUACAUCUCCAAAUAUGUUUUGAAAUAUCACUGGGUUCUAGAAAUACUUACACCCUUCGUUGUUAACCAACAAUCUGACCACCCCGAACACUUCAUUGUCACAGUGAUCCAAAGCAACUUCUGGGCCAUUGUUAGCCACAGCCCACAAACUCGCAUUUAUUUGCAAUACUCCAUCGGUUACCAAGGUCGGAAUAGUGACACACCACUACUACCAACGGUCCAACAACUCUUUUUACCUAUCGCUGAAAGGAUCGAAAUACAGACAGGAAGUUCACUGGAAAGUAUAAUAGGAGUUAAAUCGGACAAAGGAUCAGAUAGCGAAGAAUCUGUUGAGGGCAUAGAAUAUUGGAGACCUGAGGAAGCAGAAGGAGGACAGUUUCCUAGUAACUUUGAAUUUGACCCGGACUUUAACUAA